AUGGGUAAUUUGUUGUAUAAAGCGAGAGUGCUCCAUCAGAUUGUAGUUUCCAAGCUAGUGCAGCCCAAAAGAGUAUCCUGUGAGGGUGAGGAAACUGCAGAUACGAAUGAACUUGAGAAAGUGGAUGCCGCAUUGAACGCCCUUAUUACUCACAAGUCUAAGAAAUCUGAUUACGCAAUGCAUGUUGAGAAUGUGCAAAUUUGGCUCCGGGAUUUGGAGGCAAACAUUCAAGAUAUAGAAGAAGGACUUGAGUGCCUACAUUGA